AUGUCAGAGUUGGGCGCGCCCUCCAGUAGCAGCAGCGGACCUGCUGAGCUCGGCGAGGCUGGCUCGGGGACAGAAACGCAGCCAGCAUCGAGCGUCGUCCGAGAUGCUCAGAGACAGGCUCCUACCGAUCCUAUCGUCAUCGUCGACGACGAGCAGCCCCAGCCGUUUGUUGUCGAGCAGCAUCAAAGGACGUCUGUCUUGAAUGAUGAUGCACCAGCAGCGCCACCCUCUGGCCCAAAGAUGUUUUCCCUCUUCCAGCCGGGCGUAAGAGACUCUGGCGCAUCAUCAUCGUCUCGAUCAAGUCGAGGUCGCGCAGCAAAAGACAAGAAGGUCGAAUACUCGGACGCCAAGCAUGCAAAGCUCGGACUCGAGGACGAGGAGGAGCGAGAGGUGGACGGAGACGGGCAAGUUGUGGGUGGCGCAUCUGGUCCCUCAGCCUCUUCAUCCUCAACGUCUGUAAGAAAACGCAAGGGCAACAAGAAGGCAGCUUCUCCCGUGCCUCCGCCUCCUGCGCCAGCUCCUCUGCCCCCUCUGAGCCUCAACGUUAAGGGGACAAAGGGGAGCGACGGGCCCAUGCAUUCAUUCUUUGCGCUCAAGAGAGCUCCAGCUGGCGAGCCCUCUUCACGCUCAUCGACGCCUGGACCUGCUUGCGGAACCUUCGCGACAACCACCGCCAAGCGCGAUCAAAGGCCAAGACGACUGCCACUCUGGCCUGAUCGAGAGAGUAUUCACGUACAUCCUGCGGACGACAAGACAGCGAAGAUUGGCCUCUUGAACUCUCGACCGCUCCCCUUCCCUCCUGCCAAUGACCGCAAGGGAAAGCGGAGAGCAAUCUCACCAGCGCUCGGAGGUGGCAGUCGAACUCUGCCUGCACGUGGCCUUGCCCAUCGUGUACGCUCUCAACAACAGGGCAGACAAGCAUAUGGCGAGCCCUCGGCUUCCAGCAGCUCCGCAACUCCUCACCUCACCUCCUCCCUGGCAUGGACCGAUCAAUGGCGUCCUCGCCGCGCAGAGGAGGUCUUGGACAAUGAAGACGCAGCGCGCUACCUCCGCGACUGGAUGCUCGAGCUCGUCGUCACAGCAGCGAACACACCGCGCGGAAACGAUCCUCUAGACCCAAGCGCUACCACUGUGAGCAGCGGCAGCAAGAAGCGAGGGGCUCACCAGACAGUCCCGCAGCAGCGACGCAUUCAGACUGCAGUGGCCAAGUCGGCGCCACGCAAGGCAGGCUCGAAUAAGCGUGCGAGGCGGACCGGUGGAGGAGGAGGGUACGGGCCAGGAGGGGACGAGGUGGAGGACAGGUGGUCUCUCGAUGACUUCAUAGUCUACGAUGAAGACUACGUAGACCCAGAGGAACCACCCUUACCCCUCCUCAAUGGCUCUGCCCCGAACGGCUCCCUUACCUUCCACGCCUCCCCGCGCCUGACGAACUGCAUUGUCCUCUCUGGCCCGCCCGGCGCAGGCAAGACGGCUGCGGUCUACGCCUGCGCGGCCGAGCUGAAUUUUGAAGUGUUCGAGCUCUUUCCUGGCAUGGGUAAGAGAGGGAGCAAGGAGCUACAUCAAGCUGUAGGAGACCUGGCGCGCAACCAUAUGGUCAGUGGAGGUGGGACUGGGGGCGGAGCAGUCUUUGGGAGAGGCGGGUCGAAGGGCAAGGGCACGAUCAAUGCGCUUCAGGCGAUGAUGAAGGGACAGCAGGCGGAGAGCGAGACUACGACUGAGGUGGCUGCAGCAGUACCGGUGAAUGAGCCGGGAUCAGCCCAGGAUCAAGCUGCACCCGUGGACAGCCAAAGCUCGGACGACUUCGUCAUCUCUGCCGGUCGCAAUCGCGUCAAUCUUAAUGGCCCUCAAGUUGCGCCCAUCGCCGCGCCUGCGACCGCAGCCACGGUCUCCUCUUCGGCUGCAGGCAAUGCCCCGUCGGCCUCCUCUUCGGCCGCACGCCAAUCCCUCAUUCUCCUCGAAGAAGUGGACGUCCUCUCCCUCGAGGAUGACAAAGCCUUCUGGUCCGGAGUGGUCGACCUCGUCGCCUCGUCUCGGCGCCCCGUCGUGCUGACGUGCAACGAUCUUUCGGCCGUACCACUGGGGGAUUUGCCGGUUCAGGAGGUGUUGCGCUUCCAUAGGCCAAGCAGAGGUGCGGUGGAGGAAUACUUAGGGGCCAAGAUGGAGGGUAGUAAGGAAGUGCUUGCUGGCCUUCUGCGACGAGGGGCAAAGGGAGAGGAAGAGGACGGGGGCCUAGACCUCAGACAAGCAAUUUUGCAGCUUCAAUUCAUGAGAGGCAAGGCGGCACAAGACAGCUGCCACAACAGUCCUGCAACACCAACAACGCCUCCCGUUCCACCGCCUGUUCCAGUGGCUACCUCAGCGCCCAAUGGCAUGGCCGCCACACAAGCCCCACGCAAAGCCGACCUCAACAGCCUCCGCAGCUCGUGGCGCAGUCUCGAUUCCCUCUCUUUCUCACUGGCCUACCUCAGCCAGCCCUUCGCCCGCAAAGCCGCAGAGCAAGUUGCACCAGGGGUCCCGCAAUCCCUCUCUGCCUCCGGAGGCACUAUUGACGAUGCUGUGGGUCCCUCUUCGAGCGGCCCCUUCUCUAUGGCACGCACCCAGCUCGACACUCAGCUGGGCCGCUCUUCUCAACGUUUGGCGACUCCGGAGCCUUCGACCGAGUCAGACGCUCUCCUGCUGCAAUGCUACCCAGAAUCGCGCGGUGGUGCCGGUCGACCUCAGGCGCCUCGCUUUUUGUGGGCGCAGGUGAGCGUGGCGGGACAGGGCAACGUAGCGUUGCCGGAGCAGUCGGCCAGGAGGGAGGAGGAAGUGAGAGCAGAGGUGGAAGAGAGGGCGAGGCAGAAUCUGAUCGCACUACAUCCCGCAAAGCAAGCCGGCGAUGAGGGCGAACGAGACAUCAAGCACUUCAAUUCUUCUCUCCUCCUGGCGCAACGCGAUCUACUCUACCUCGUCGCCCCGCUCUCCCCUCUCUGGCUUCGUCUCGCCCGUCACGUCGCCUCCUCUGAGGAGAGCAGCGACUAUUCCUUGUCAGCAUUGCAGUCUAUCCCCCUCUCGCCCGGCCUCGUGCUCGACUAUGCCCCGAUGCUGCGCAGCAUUGUCCGUAUCGAGGACGCCGAAGAGGCUCGGAUGCGACACUUGGCUGCGAUCCUUGGCGGAGGCGAGCAGACUACCACCGGCUCAGCUGUUGCUGCUGUCGCUGAUGGAGAACACCAGGCUUCGCCGCCUCUGCAAGCAUUGGGCUCAGGAGCAGCUCCUCGGCGUGUGCUCCGCUCAGGUCGAACCGCAGGCGGCGGGGACGUCAUUGGCGGUCCGGGCGGUUGGGAGCGUCAGUGGACCUUGAAGUGGCGGGUGCGGGAGGAUGACUACUAUGACGAGGAGGAGGGCAAUGUAGUAGAUGGGUGCGAGAUGGCAAGGCGAAGUGGGGAGACUUGGGCGUGGGGUCUGCAGUAG